GGUGAGGUGACGUUUCGGUGACGACUUCGUCUGGUAAGUUUGACGUGGCUACUACGUUUCUAUCAAUUUAUCCACUCGGAUUGCUUCAAACUCGGUGACGACGAGAAAUACGUAAGUGAACUUGAAGAAGACAAUUGAAAUUACCAAAGAUGUUUGAAAUCAAUCUUAGGAAUGAUAUGGAUAGUUUAGUAGAUGAACAAGGAAGUACUUUACAUAUUGGAGAUAGAGCAUUAUCGUCUCCAACUUCACCUGGUGGCGACAGAGAUAAUUUACCUGUAUCAUCAUCUGGAUCACAAGUUAGGUCUAAUGGAGCCGUUCUUUUUACAACACCAAGUCAAGUGAAUCAAGUUCGAAAGGCAGUAGGAUCAGGUGGUUCUACAGCUCAAGCUAUUGCUCUACCACAACCAGGUGGUGCAGUAUCUAUUGUCCAUGUAACUCUUCCUAAUCAACCAGUCCAUGUUCAGUCUGUCAUACAACCUGGUCCUAAUCAACAGUCUGUUAUUCAAACUACUGGUGGUAAUACUUUGCAAUCAAUGCAGCUGCCUAAGAAUGUGAUACUUUUGAAUAAAGUUACUCAAGGUUCUGUAAUCCACAGUACAGAUGGAGAGGCAGGCGUUCAUCCUGUACAGUUAAUUUCUGCCAGUAAAGGAGAUGAUGGGGAGACUGUUACACUUGCCUUAUCUGAUGAAGAAUCAAAGAAACGCAGGGAAAUUUUAGCCAGACGGCCUUCAUAUCGUAAGAUACUUAAUGAUUUAUCAUCAACAGAAGCCCAAGGAGCAGUAGUCAGUUUGACUGGAAAUUCAGGAACAACUGUAAAAGAAGAGACUGGAAAUGCUAAUGGAGGUAAUGAUGCAACAAACCAAGAGUCUGAGAGUGGUACAGUAAGUGGGAAUACCAUCACAGUGGCGGGAACUCAAUACCACACAGCACCUGGUAUACUAAAAGUAUUACCUGCUUCAGCUAUUCAGUUAGCUUCUCAGGAUGGCAGUAUACAAGGUCUUCAAACUAUUGCCAUGGCCAAUUCUGGAUCAGGUACUGCUGGUACUAUUGUUCAAUAUGCCCAGGGUCAGGAUGGACAAUUCUUUGUCCCAGUGACAGUAUCUGCGGCAGACCUUCAGGCCUACCAAAUAAGGACUACAGGUUCAACUGGUUCGGGUGGAUUAACACAUGGAGUCGUAAUGGCUCCUUCCAGCAAUCUUAAUCAACAACAUACAGUCGUGGAAGAUGCUUCUAGAAAAAGAGAGCUACGGUUGCUUAAGAACAGGGAAGCUGCAAAAGAAUGCAGAAGGAAAAAGAAAGAGUACAUCAAGUGCUUAGAAAAUCGUGUUGCUGUUUUAGAAAAUCAAAACAAAGCCCUGAUUGAAGAAUUGAAAUCAUUAAAGGAACUUUACUGUCAAAAAACAGAAUAGAGUUUAUAUUGACAAAAGAAAGUAACUUGUCAAUUAUAAAUUAUAUAUAUAUAUACAUAAAAUAUAUAUUAUAUAAAUAUAUGUGUACAGACGAGCUUCGUGAAGACAACGCACAGAUCAUAACUUGUGGUAAUUAGAUUGAAAUAGACUAAAGUAUGAUCAUUUUGUACAUCCAGUAUCUCGGGUGGAAUGUUUACUAGAAAUCCGAGCGUCCAGUGAUCGUACAAGCACGGUUCUGUACAGUUUUAAAUGACAAUUAGAUUUUUGGUGACAGCCAAUCACCAUGUGUACAGAAAACAAAUUAUUAUUGUGUUAAUUAUUGAUGAUACAUGAAGUUAUUCAGACACCUAGAGUGAACUAUUCUUGAUCCAAUUGGGAACAUCGAUUGGACUCCUAAGAAAAUUGUAUAAAAGUGUGUGAAGUCGAAUUAUAAAAGUUAGUCGGAAUAAAAAAAAAAUAUAUAUAUAUAUAUAAAUAUAUAUAUAAACAAAUUUAUAAAACAGUCCAUAAAGAAUGUGCUCAUUUUCAACCUGUGCCUUGCAUUCUGCUUUAUUCUGUGUAAUAAUGAAAUGUCACUUAAGACAUUCACUGUGAAACAAUUUAUUUCUCAAUAAAUUACAAUAUAGAUACAAUUAUUUAAGAUAUUAACAAAAAAAGAAAAAACUAUGAAAACUAUCGUAAGAGUACACUGAUAACAAAGCACACUUUGUAUACAAUUAAAAGUAAAUGUGCACUCUCCAAAUUUAACAUGUAAAAAUUUUAAUUUAUCACACUGUAUCAUAUAUAUUAUGUACACAUCUAAACAAAGUACACUGAACAUUUUUGUAGAAAGUUGGAAAAGAAAAAUUUAUAUUUAAUAUAACAGAUUCAACAUAGUUUUACAUUCCACAUAAUACUUAUUUUGAAAUAUUAAACAUUUAGUGCAUAAUAAGAAAUAUAAAUACUUUCUUUUAAACUAUUCAUGCUAAAAUAAAUUUCAAUUUACUUUCUUAUAAAGCUAAAUCUGCACAAAAAUGGUUACGGUUAAGACGAUCUACAUCUUAAUCCAGCGAGUAUUGUGUACGUAGAAGAAAUGUUUUAAAUCGAAAAAAAAUAAAAAAAAUGUGCUCAUAUUUAUGUAUGUGUGUUUAAAAUAAUAUAAAGAUUUCAAAUAAAUAUGCUUGUUAAAAUA